ACAGCGCUCCGAUGGUUUCUGGUAUGAAAUUAUGAAGACCACAUGGAAGACCAAAAAAAGUAGGUUGGUGAGCUCUAAAGCCAAACAUCAAGCAUCAGUAUUAAAGAAGAAACAACAGAAGCCCGAUAUAAAGAACAUCCCAGGGACAGAAUAUCUCAGCGAGAAACAAAAGAAGCAUGUCAAAGUUCAUACAAAAAGUGCUCGGAUAAAAGUUAGUGGGAAGAGGAAGAGAAAAGUACUAAAGCGACUGAAGCACGAGAAGAAAAAAGAGGCUGUGGAAACGGAGGAUGUUGACAUGGGGGAGGAGUCUGGCAAAAAACAGAGGAGGAAAACAAAAAGCAAGUCACAGGGAAUGGACGUCGAUGAGAAUUGACAUAAGAGAGGGAGACAUUACAGGGACAGGACAGAGAAAUCAACAGAAAGUCGUCAUCCAAUCAUAUCAUUUCAGUGAUUAAAGUAGGAUUUUUUGUAAAAAAUUAUAUAAAUUUUGAAUACAUGUAUCAGGUAUAAUUGUUAACAUGAAUGAAUUUAAGUGAUUCAUGAAAAAUUCACAAGGACAUACUCAGUAUCUAGAUUCCUAGAAAUGCAUCUGUAUGUAAUUAAUAUAAAUAUUUAAUCAAUUUAAAUAAAAAGUGUAUUUUAUAUUCAAAGAAAAUAUACAAGAUUGUUAUAACUGGUAUUGUGUAUGUAGUGGAAAAGAUGGCUUACAUACACGUGAUGCAAUUGAUUUUAGAAAGCAUGUAACUGUUUUUAUAUGUGAACAUGCAUGCAACUGUCAGAUUAUGUUUACUUCUGUAAAAAAUAAAUAUUUUUUAAAACA